CGCACAGAACCCGGAACCAUUUAAGGUAACAACGCAUAAUCCAGCCGAGACUAUUACUCGGACGGACCGCGAAGUUUGUUUGCGUUCAGAGUCGUAAUCAAGGAAUCAAUAAUAUUUAGGAUGAAAUAAGAGUUUAUGUGAAAUGGAGGACGAGGACGAGCUGUCGGAUUUCCGAAAGCGGUGGAAACAGGAACUAGAGACAAAGCCUCGGUUGACAGAUAACAAUGCAGUGGGUUAUUUUGGACGCUGCAGUGAAGCGGAUGUGAUUAAUGAACAGAAAGCUGGUGAAUCUCAGAGGAAACGUCGAGAUGACGGUUUAAAACGUCUUCAGGAGGUUUGUAGCGAUCAGCCACAGUACGUGUCCAUCGCAGAGGGUUUGUUGGAGGGUAGAAGCAGCCCCCUGAUGGCCCGGAUGGAGCAGGAGAGACUGCGGAGGAAGAGACGCUGUGAGCGGGGAGAUGAACAUCAGCAGCUCCGCUCUGCUCCACACAGCCGGAAGGAAGAUCACCUUCCUCUCCUUGACCAGUUUAUUCAGGAUUUGAUUGAGGUGAACGAAAUCCCCUUCUUCGAUGUCGAGCUGCCGUAUGAACUGGCGCUGAAGAUUUUCCAGUUCCUGAGCAAAGCUGAACUGGGUCGAUGCGCUCAGGUGAGUAAGUCAUGGAGAGUGUUAGCGGAGGACGAGGUCCUGUGGUACAGGUUGUUCAUUCAGGAGGGGUAUCACCGAGGGGCAAGUGUAUCUGACUCGCCCUGCUGGAAAAGUACGCUGAGGGACUGCAUCAACACUGAGAAAACUGUCAAGUACAACUGGAAGAAUCGUGUCGGGUCCAUCAGCUAUCUGCAGUAUGAACAGGGGAAAGUGUUGUGUGAUGUCAGUUCCUGUGACAGACUGGUCUUGGCUGGGUAUACCUCAGGCGACGUGCGACUCUGGGACACUCUCCACUGGGAGUCGGGGGCUUUGAACCUACAGCCUUCUCACAGCAUCAGAGCCGAAACAACGCCGCCUCAAAUCAACCUGGUACAAGUCACCGAUAGUGUCGCCUGCGCUGCCUAUGAGAAUGGGUGCGUGGAGGUUUGGAGCACCGAAUCCGACGUAGAACCCAUCCAUCACUAUCAGCACCUGCAGCAGGUGUGUGCCCUCGACGUGGGCUCCGACGCUCCUGUCGUGACCUCUGCGUCUGGUUCGGAGGUGCGAGUAGACGCGCCAGACGAUCGGGGCUACUGGAGAAACGUGUGUCUCACCCAGUUGGCUAAACCUGUGGACGGGUUGUUGGUUGUCCCGGGAAAGCGGGAGAGCCCACUGGUUUCAGCCUGGGCUGGUGAGAGCGUAUAUCUACUGGAUCCAAGUAAGAGAGAUGAAGACCACGAGGAGGAGGAGCAUGGAGCCCGAGUGCUUCACUUUGUUUACGGCCAGCCUGUUACCUGCAUGGACGUGAGCGCAUGCCGAGCUGCCCUGGGGGUGAAGAGCUGUGGCUGGGGCAUGAACGAUGGAGGGAACAAGGUUCGUGUGUACAGCCUGGAGACCGGGCAAACCGAGAUGGUGUUGGGGAACUCGGCUGGAGACUUCACCUGCAUCAGCCUGAGAGAUGCCCCCCUUCAUCUGCUGGUGUGCGGGAACAAAGACAGGCGGGUUCGAGCGUUCGACCUGCGUUCUGGCUCCUCGGCCGUCUCGCUCUACGCACAUCACCUGGGCGUGACGGCGGUGCGAGCCGACGACUGGAAGAUCGUGAGCGGCGGCGGCGAAGGACUGGUCUGCGUGUGGGAAAUGAGGAUGGGGGCCAAACUCUGGGAGAUGCACAACAGGCACCCAGUUCGUCACAUACGGUUUAACAGCAGCACCUUGUUGACGGCCAACAUCCCAGAUGAGAAGAACCCACGUGGCGCCUGCAUCACUGACGAUGACCUCACUGCUCACCGCAGACAUCGGGGGGCGAUCUGCUACUACGAUUUCUCCAUGGAUUCCUCCUCCCAGGACCACGUGCUGCCCAUCUGCAGGUCCGACUACACCGAGACCACCGGCUACAGCUACAACAUCGGCCUGGUUACGCCUUACGACGCGCUCGCCGACCCUCACAGCUCAGGGCUGUGACCCAUAACACACCAGGACAAGAUGGAUCAGAGCCCGGAAGAUUCUUUACACUUCUCUCUUUGUUUAGAAUCAGACUUUAUAUAAUGAACAUGCCUGUAUAGACUUAAAAAAAAACACUUCUUCAAAUUUAUUUUAUUUUUAAAGACUUUUUUAAAGUUUCUUUUUUUGUAAUAUAUUUUUUUACACUCGAACUGAAGCUUAGUUACGUUUAAUGGGAGGUCUGUAAACAUCAGUCAUUUGGAGAACAUACUGAUUAUUUUAUUUGUUUUUUAACAAAGCUCACAGACUCAUUAAUGUGGGCAGGGAACUCUAAUGAGAAAAGAAUUUUAGCAGCUCGCUUUCCACACACACACAUACAGAGACACACACACAUACAGACACACACAUACAGACACACACACCAGACACACAUACACAUACAGAGACACACACACAGACACACACACACAUACAGACACACACACACACACACACACCAGGCACACAUACAGAGAGACACACACAUACACACACACACAUACAGAGACACACACACACACAGACACACACACACACACACACACAGACAGACACACACAUACACACGCACACACGCACACACACACACACAGACACACACAGACACACACACACCAGACACACACACACCAGACACAUACACACACACACACACAGACACACACACUAACUAUGGUAAAUAGGGCAUGUGGUAGCCUAGUGGAUAAGGUGUUGUGAAUUAGAUCCCAGGUUCACCAAGCUGCCACUGUUGGGCCCCUGAGCAAGGCCCUUAACCCUCAAUUGCUCAGCUGUAUAAAAAAUGAGAUGAUGUAAGUCGCUUUGAAUAAGGGCAUCUGUCAAAUGAUGUAAAUGUAAACUACAAACUGCAUAUUUAAUGCGAUGACUCGGGGAAACAAGCAACAAGGAAAUGAUCCAAUACGAUCAGGGUUCGUUUUUACAAUUUUAUUUUUAAUACCCACACAUUCUUGCAGGUUUUAUUUUAUACACAAACGUCAUUUACAGCGAGCACAAAUAAGCAUUCGGAAACGUGUGUUUUUUUUGUUAAUUCAUUUAUUUCCAGUCCAUACAGUCACUUUAAACGGACACACAAUGUGUUUUAACGUAAAAAGGAAAUAUGCU